AUGGACCUCAAAAUAAAAAUAAAUAAAUAUAACAAAAAUGUAACAAAUGCGGAAAAUGAAAUUGCAAAAAAUUGCAUACAUUUAAAUCUUCAUAACUUUCGAAAUAAACGUCAGGAUUUUCAUUGUUGUCAGUCAUUGUGUUUGUUACGAUAUUUUUUAAAUUAAAAAAUUGUUAGUAUAGGUUAGAAAAACAAAUAUCGUAUUUGCCGAAUGUUGUACACUCUUCUAACUAUAACGCAUAUUUUGCUUAUUCAAUGGAACAAAUACGUCUUCACUAACAAUUAUAAAACGAAAGAAUCCUUCAAUUACACAUAUACACAACAAUCGAAUCAACCUGUCUUCUAUAUAUGCCGGUGGUUGUAAUGACACUCGCACAUCUAUUUUUCGAACUCGCAUGUGUGUGCAAAACUGAAAUCAAAUCAUUCGCGCCCUCUCUCAUAUGACUACGGCAGUGCCCGACGUUUCCGCCUUUCGCGUACUAGCGCUCCGCUGACUUCCUUUCUACGACGUGCUCUACCAAGAUGCAGAAGAAACAGAAACAGCAGAUCCACUCUGUGCAGGUCUUCGGCCGCAAAAAAAGCGCCACAGCGGUCGCUUACUGCAAACGAGGCCGUGGAAUCCUGCGAGUAAAUGGCCGUCCCUUGGAGCUGGUUGAACCCAGAGUUCUCCAGUACAAGCUUCAGGAGCCAAUUCUGCUUCUUGGAAAGGAAAAGUUCUCAGAAGUUGACAUCAGGGUCAGAGUAAACGGUGGUGGUCAUGUAGCCCAGAUCUACGCCAUCAGACAGGCAAUCUCUAAGGCUCUCGUAGCUUACUACCAGAAAUAUGUGGAUGAAGCCAGCAAGAAGGAGAUCAAAGACAUUCUCAUCCAAUACGAUAGGACACUUUUGGUAGCCGAUCCCAGAAGGUGCGAGCCCAAGAAGUUUGGUGGUCCAGGAGCACGUGCACGCUACCAAAAAUCCUACCGUUAAAUAUACGGCAUAUAUCUUUUUCAAUUUUAUUAUUGAAUAAAAAAAAAUUUAAAACCAA